UUACAGCUUCCAAUGGUUUCACCCGGCGAUUGCCCGCCCUGGCAAGGAAAGACGAAAAUAGUGGGGAGACGAAGCGAACGGCCUACCGCCGAAUGUUUUGCCCACUAUUGUUCGGGUUCAGGGAUGUCGCGAAAAGCGAUGAAUUUCAACUGAUUGCGAUUUGGACGAGGUGAAAUCCAAGCUGUGAUGAUGUGCGUUGCGCCUGUCGAGAUGGGACUAGUGCAUUGCGACAAGCGUAGACUGCGGUAAUACCGGUGGAAAACGUCGAGGAAACCCACGAACGACUCUUUGUCAUGGAUAUGCAAGCUUCGAAUGCUGGAAUGGAUAUGUGUAUGAAUACAGUGUAUACUUCCAUCCCUGGAUUUCCUGAACAACUAGGGAUGGUAUGGAUGGGGGAUAUGAUGCUGGGGGAGCCUACUCACGAACUCAUGCUGGAUCCCCGUCAAGGUGAGAGCCCAUUUUUCUCACCUGGUUCACAUCCCUAUGAAGAUCUCAGAAACCAUAUUGCUCCUACUACUAUGGUGCGCUACAUACCUCAACAAUUCUCAAAUGAGUGUUCGGAAGCCGACGAGGCUAUGGAAGCUGUAGAUGCCCAUGAGAUACAGCAAGAUUAUGAUUCACAGUCCGAAAGACCAGAAAUGAGUGAAUAUUUGACAUUGGAAGAUUACAUGGGUGAUGAGGAACGUGAACAAAUUGUGAGCAAUGCAGCAACUCAAACUACUCAAGACAAUCGCAAUCGAAAGAUAAAGCCCAUAAAGCAUCCAGGGCUUAUUUUAAAAACACCAAUCGCUUAUCAACCUCAUACUGAUCUAAAUUUUAUUCCUAUUCGCAAAGAUGGUAUAGCUGUUUGUGAAAAAUGUGGUGCUAUUGGAGUAAAACAUGCCUUUUACACAAAGGAGCGUAGAUUUUGCAGUAGAGCGUGUGCACGUUCUUCAGAACAUAUGACACCUACUGCUGAUUCAACAUAUAGUCCAUCUCACUCGAUGGAUCAACCAAUCUCUACGAACCAAAUGUCCACUAGUGAUUCAAAAUCAACAAAUGUUAUAAGAGAGGAAGUAGAUAAUAAGGAAUCUGUUGAAUCAGAAAAGGACAAAGUUAAAUUAGAGCCAGUAAUGCCAGAGGAUUUACCAGUUAGAAGAAAGAGAACAGCAGAAAUGGCAGGUUCCUACGACUGGACACCGCAACUUGUUGAGACUGGAUUUUGUGCUGCACCAGUCUCUUGUUUCAAACAUGCUCCUAUAUCUGAAAUAUGGGAUAAUAUCACAGUAGGUAUGAAAGUAGAAGUAGAAAAUACCGACUGUGAUGAAGUAUGCGAGGCUUUCCCAGAUUCGUUUUGGGUUGCGACUGUAUUACGUAUAUGCGGAUACAGAGCUCUGUUAAGGUAUGAAGGUUUUGGACACAAUGCAGACAAAGAUUUUUGGGUAUCGCUUUGUUCUAACGAUAUACAUCCCGUUGGUUGGUGUGCCACAAUUGGAAAACCUCUUAUUCCACCUAACACGAUUGCAAACAAGUACAAAGAUUGGAAGGAUUUUUUAAUGAGACGAUUAACCGGUGCAAGGACAUUACCAACAAAUUUCUAUAAUAAGGUGAAUGAUAGCAUGAAAUCUCGUUUUCGAUGUGGUCUUCAUUUGGAAGUGGUAGAUAAAAACAGAAUCUCGCAAGUGAAAGUGGCGACGAUACAAAAGAUUGUUGGCAAACGUUUGCACGUGAGAUAUUAUGAUUCGCCUCCAGAGGAUAACGGGUUUUGGUGCCAUGAAGACUCUCCUCUCAUACAUCCUGUUGGUUGGGCUAAAAGAGUGGGACAGACACUAGACGCGUAUUCUGAAUACUUGGAUCGUGUUUCAAAAUCAAAAUUAUCCGAAGACGACGCAACGGAGAAUCUUUUUCACGUGCCAAAGAAUCAUCACAUGCAUCUCACAUUUAAGGAAGGAAUGAAAAUCGAAGCCAUCGAUCCGCUUAAUCUUUCGGCAAUAUGCGCGGCAACGAUUAUGCAAGUUUUGGAAAAGGAUUAUAUUAUGAUUCGUAUUGAUAGUUACGACGAGGAUGCGAGUGGCGCUGAUUGGUUUUGCUAUCACUCGUGUUCACCAUGCAUUUUUCCAGUUGGCUUUUGUUCCCAACAUGGUUUACCUUUAACGCCGCCAAAGGGUUAUGAUCCUACCACGUUUACAUGGGAUGCGUAUUUAACGGAAACCAAUACCAUACCUGCUCCUAUGCAGUUAUUUAAUCGGGAAAUUCCUCAACAUGGAUUUAUUGAAGGAAUGAGACUUGAAGCUGCUGAUUUAAUGGAUCCUAGAUUAGUUUGUGUUGCUACUAUUACUAGGGUGAUCGGCAGAUUACUACGAGUACAUUUCGAUGGUUGGGAAGACGAAUAUGAUCAAUGGUUAGAUUGUCAAAGUCCAGAUAUCUAUCCCGUUGGCUGGUGUGAUCUUGUCGACCACAAAUUGGAAGGGCCGCGUGUACCCGUAAAAAACACUAGUCCUACUGUAAAAUCACCAAGAGGCCUUAAACGUAAAUCUAAGAGAAAACUGAGAAAAGGUAGCAAGAUGUCUUGCUCCAAAAAUAUACUACCUCGUCAAAGCGAACGUAUUAGUAUGGCUCGUGAACGCGGGCGAGAAUUGGAACCUGCUCAAGGAACGAAAAUUGAAAGAGAGCGUGAUCUAGAGAGUUUACCGGAGCACAGGAGCAGAGACCCGGAAACAGCGCAAGAGCCAGCUGGACCUGACCAAACUUUACCAAGUCCCACUACUGGACAAGGUCAAGCAUUGAAUGAUAUGCAAGGUGAAGUACAGAGCCCUCCACCACCCAAGGAAAGAACCGCUACAUCAUACAUUAAUGUUACUUCAGCAAAUACUAAAUAUAUACCAAGGCUAGCAGAUGGUGUGCAAAAAAGUUCGGAGUUUGGUGAUUUAGUGCCAUCUGAGUGGAAUGUCUUUGAUGUUGCACAAUUUCUUCGAGUUAACGAUUGUGCAACAUAUUGCGAUAAUUUCAGUAAACGUAAGAUAGACGGAAAGACAUUGAUGAUUCUUACUAAGGACCAAAUAAUAGACCUAACAGGUUUCAAAGUUGGACCUUCCCUAAAAAUAUAUGAUUUAAUUCAGCAAUUAAAAAUCAAAGUGAAUCCAGCUCAGGAAAGGUUGAAAUUAGGAUUGAAGAAAUUAUUAUAACAAAA